UCCUGGCAACCCUGCAACAUGUCAGCCAUUGUUUAAGCAAAGUUGGACAUUUCGCUUCUGCUCCGUCGAGGGAUUUUCGUGCGUAAAUUUCGGUCCAUUUUCGCGUGUUUCCGCGGUCAAAGUGUGGUCCAGUCGGUGCGCCAGCCGUCCACGGUGGAAUCUACGGUAACGGUCCAUUUUCUUUCGGCGUGUAUUUCUGAGAAGUGCAGCAUCAGCCAGUGCGGCGGAGAAGAGGCAACCCCGGAAUUGGGAAGAAAGUAGUGCGCGAGCGAGUGAAGAAAGAGCUUAAAGUGAAGUUUUUUUCGGUUAAAGUUCGGUCCGUGAGUCGUGUGUCGUGUGGUCUUCGUCUUGACUGACCAAAACCAUCACCGCACAACCGAGAGAGAGUGAGGAAGAGUUUUUUGCGCGAAUCGUUGUUUGGUCGUGAUAUCGGAUUUACUCCAGCAACCGCGAAAGAAAAACGUAGCCGAAGCCGCCAGUCAGCUCUGGAGCGAUCCAGUUUGGAGCUUCCACGAGGCAGCACUACGGUCUAAGAGACUCGCGGUCGUCGUCAUUAGAGUCGCCAAUCCAACGCGCCACCACUACCGCGCUUUCCUGUCAGCAGCCAGCAACCAGCAACGAAACAGCAACAGCAACAAAGCACCACGCGAGCCUCGCGGUUUCGAGUCGGCUGUUUUCCGUUCAACUAUUGAGGAUCCUAAGGAUACAGUUUUUAUGAAUCAUUUCCCAUUAAGUUAGGUUAUGGCAAACUUGAAUUUCCAACAGCCUCCGAGAAGUAUACCAAGUAGUGCAUCGUUGAGUGGGAGAGGAGGUACUGCGGGUGGCUUCGGUAAUAGCUCAUUAUCGGGCCAUGUCACACCAACGUCUGGUAUGUUUCCAAGUGCAGCAACGGGGGGAGCCGGAGCCGGAAGCUUCGGAGCAAGUCAACCACCUCACUCGCAGCAGCAGCAGCAACAGCAGCAGGGACAAGGGCAGCAGCAGCAGCAGGCUCCGAUUGGUGGCUCCGGCCAGCAAAGCCAGCAGCAGCAACCCCCGCAGCUAUCGCCGAGUUCUGCGCGGAAUGGCAGCGUCGGUUCGGGAGCGUCGAGUGGGGGCGGCGGUGGCGGCGGCCUCGGUGGGAUCGGUUCCAGCGUCGGUAGUGGUGGUAGCGUGGUUGGCGGAAGCAGUUCUAACAAUCCAGCGACGACCUCUAGUGCGAGCACCAACGGUUCCCAGCAGCAGCAGCUUUCCUCCUCGAACUCUGUGUCUGCGGCGGCGGCGGCAGCGGCAGCAGCAGCGGCGGCCAGUGGGGCGGCGAACGCGAGGAGUAACCUGUUCGGUGGACAACGAGGCUUCGCGGACCGAAGGGCGAUGCCGGCGGGGCUCGGUGGAACGAUGUCCAACAUGGUCUCGUUCAUGCAGUCACGAGGAUACGGAUCUCAGAGCGGGAAUAGCAUCAACAAUUUCCAUAGCGUGUUCGACAACGGGACGGCGGACACGGGAACGCCGCCCCUGCUCGACCUGUCCGAGUUUCCCUCGCUCACGAACGCGCGCGGCGGUGGUGGGCCCGGCGGCCAGGGUGGCGACCCGGCCUCGUCGCUGCCGCAGUCGAACGCGCUGCAGCCGCCCGGCAGUAAACCGUACGGUAAGUUUGGUAUGGUAAAGCAGCCGACGUCCGAGCAGACGGAGUUUACGAUGUCGAGCGAAGACUUCCCGGCGCUGCCCGGCACGCAGCAGAACGCGUCCGGCGGUGCCGACAACAGCGGCGGCCAGCUGGCGGCGAGUCAGGGCCUGCAGGGCGUCCACCACCAUCAUCAUUCGGGCGAUCAUCAUGGUGCGGACAGUUUGGGCGGCGUCGGCGGCAAGGGCGGCGGUCCGAUCGGUGGUGCUGUCGGCAUGGGCAUGGACCUGCAGAACGUGGACGCGGCCAAUUCCAGCGUCAACAUGGACAAGGGAGCUAUGAAACGAGGCGUACAAACAUCACCCAAUGGAAUGGUCACGAAUAUUCCUGCUAGUAUGGUCAAUAACCAGUUCGGUAUGGUUGGUCUCUUAACGUUCAUCCGCGCCGCCGAAUCCGAUCCAAACCUGGUAACGUUGGCGAUGGGCCAGGACCUGAUGGCACUGGGACUGAAUCUGACGUCGGUCGAGAACCUGUAUCCUAGUUUCGGCGGCCCCUUUGCCGACUCUCCGGCGAGACCCCAAGAUAUCGACUACAACGUACCACCAGAGUAUUUGAUCAACAUGUCAAUAAGGGAUAAGCUGUCGAAGCUAACGUUGCAAAAAUAUAAGGAUGAUCUAUUAUUUUAUUUAUUUUACACGAACGUUGGUGAUGUGAUGCAGCUGGCGGCCGCAGCAGAACUACAUAGUAGAGAUUGGCGAUAUCAUACGGAGGAGAAGGUGUGGAUCACGCGCGUGCCGGGCAUGACACCGUACGAGAAGAAUGGCACAACCGAACGUGGCACGUAUUACUACUUCGAUGCGCAAAAUUGGCGACGAGUGCCAAAAGAAUUUCAAGUGGAUACAGUGAAGUUAGAUAAAUGUCCAAAUCUAAGUGCUUACGUUACGAUGAGCGGACAGCCUGUAUAAUAUUUAUUAAUUUGUAAUUAAAAAGGAAAAAAUUGCAGAAAACAAGAAGAAAGGAAAAA